UGCAGGUACCGCCAGACACGUUUUAGUUCGCGUCGUGUACGGAAACGUGUUGUGUUCAAACAUGGCGACUGCAAUGUCGUGCAAGGAAACGUCGCCAAACGACGCCGCAGGUAUCUACAGGACAUCUUUACCACAUUGGUCGACGCACAAUGGCGUUGGACUUUAUUAGUAUUCGCAUUAAGCUUUCUCAUAUCAUGGGCAUUUUUUGGAUUUAUAUGGUGGAUUAUCGCAUAUGCACACGGUGAUCUCGAAUAUAUAUAUAUGCGCGAUUUCCAACCAGAUCAGAUACAAAAUACAACACAUACCAUGUGUGUGACAGAGGUGCGCAGUCUUAUUUCGGCAUUUUUAUACUCAAUCGAAACACAACAUACGAUAGGCUACGGUAAUCGCUUCGUGACAGAAGAAUGUCCAGAGGCGAUAUUUACAAUGUGCCUACAAUGUAUAACUGGUGUCUUUAUACAAGCAUUUAUGGUAGGCAUUGUAUUUGCAAAACUCUCACGUCCCAAAAAACGUGCACAAACCUUACUCUUCUCAAGGAAUGCGGUCAUAUGUCAUCGAGAUGGUGUGCCGUGCUUGAUGUUUCGAGUGGGUGAUAUGCGUAAAUCUCAUAUUAUAGAAGCUCAUGUUAGAGCGCAAAUUAUAAGGAAGAAAAUAACGAAAGAAGGUGAAAUUCUGCCAUUCUUCCAACAAGAGUUACAUAUCGGUGCUGAUGGUGGUGAAGAUCGCCUUAUGUUCAUAUGGCCCACAACAAUUGUACACAAAAUCGAUCGUAACAGUCCGCUCUAUAUGCUAUCAGCAUCGGACAUGCUCAAAGAACGUUUCGAAGUUGUUGUAAUGCUCGAGGGUGUCAUUGAAUCUACUGGUAUGACGACACAAGCGCGUAGCAGUUAUUUACCUUCCGAGAUAUUAUGGGGGCAUCGCUUUGUAAAUUUAGUUUCCUUCCGAAAGGAGACAAGUGAAUAUGAAGUGGAUUACACUUUAUUCAAUAACACAUACGAUGUUGAUACCCCACUUUGCAGUGCUAAAGAACUAGAUGGAGUGAAGCUGGAGUACGCCAAAAAUGCUAAAAGCAGUUUAGAACGCGCACUUUCUGCUGGUUUGCUGCAGCAUAUAUCAAACCCGUCCGCGGAUCAUUUGGAUCCCGCUAGUGAUGAGUCUUUAGAUUCAGCACAUAAUCGUUUACGUUCCAAUUCCAUAUCGCAUGAGGGCUUAGCCGAUGAGCUACAGCCACUUAAUAGGCAGAUCAGCAAUAGUAACGCACAGCAUCGCACCUCAUUUACGCUGGGCGGUACCAUACCGAUAUUGGUCUCUAAUGCUUCCACACUUCCAACAAAUAAUCUACAAAGUAUUAAUGAGCACACAAAUUCCGGCAGCAGUAGUAAUAGCAACAGUAAUAACAGCACAACUAUUAAUAUAGAAAGUUUAAGUAACAAUAACAACAACAACAAUAAUAGCAGCCAAAAAAAACCGGGCAAUACUAGGCGAUUAUCCAUUAAACAAGACCAAUUGCCCAUAGAUUCAAUUUGCUGA